CUACCACAGUCAAAGUGAGCACUGAACUUUAAACGAGGUCGCAACACACAUGCAACCAGUGCUAAAGACAAAAUGCAUUUUGCAAAGAGGAUUAAACAAUGUUUAAUGUAUGCUGUUUUGUGGACUAUUUCUGCAGGAGGAGCAGUUGAAGAUCCAGUCGUUUUCACGGGAUACGGCAGUUUGAAAGGGAAGCUCUCCUCUGUGAAGGGUACAGACCGAGUCGUUCAUGAAUACUUAGGAAUUCCUUUUGCCAAACCCCCAUUGGGAUCACUGAGGUUCUCGGCUCCCCAGCCAUCUGAACCAUGGGGCGGAAUCAGAGAUGCCACGAACCAGCCGGCUAUGUGUCUACAGGACAUGAAGUACACAGUACAGUUAAUGGAGGAUCUGAUGUUGGAGUUUCCAGUGCCAGCCAUCUCAGAGGACUGUUUGUAUUUGAAUGUAUAUACCCCUGGAGAGGCAGCAGCAAAGGAGGCCAGACUGCCUGUUAUGGUUUGGAUUCAUGGAGGCGGAUUGAUGAUUGGAGCAGCAUCCCAGUACGACGGGUCAGCGCUCGCUGCCUAUGAGAAUGUGGUGGUUGUUGUGAUUCAGUAUAGACUGGGAAUACUGGGAUUUUUAAGCACCGGUGAUGAGCAUGCCCGUGGGAACUGGGGUUUCCUGGACCAGGUGGCAGCCCUGCAGUGGGUUCAGGAGAAUAUCAAGAGUUUUGGAGGGGAUCCCAAUUCCGUGACCAUUUUUGGAGAAUCGGCAGGAGGGUGCAGCGUGUCUGCACAUAUUUUGUCUCCCUUAUCGUCCAGCCUGUUCCACAAGGCAAUAUCUGAGAGCGGAGUUGCAACUUUACCAGGCCUCAUCACCUCUAAUCCACAGCCUAUAACCAAGAUGAUAGCUAAUGCAACUGGCUGUGACUACACAGACUCAGCAACACUGGUCAAGUGUUUAAGAGAGAAGAACGAUGAAGUCCUUGUGAACACAAGUAAACUGAAUAUAAUGCCACAAGGCACAGUCGAUGGCGUGUUUUUCCCGAGCACGCUGGAAGAGAUCCUGAAAGAGAAACGCUUUCACAAGGUGCCCUAUUUGUUAGGAAUCACCAAUCAUGAGUUCGGUUGGCUCUUGCCAAAGGCAUUCAAUCCUCCCGGUUGGGAAGAGGGAAUGCAUAAAGAAAAAGUAAUCGCUGUCCUGAAUAUGAUUGUCCCAGUCAAGCUUCUAGGACCUGGGGUAAAUGAGCACAUUGCAGCUGAAUACUUCAAAGACACAGAAGACCCUGUGAAGCUGAGAGACCUGUUCACAGAAAUGCUGGGAGAUGUCUUUAUGGUUCUGCCAACUAUCACAGCUGCUAACUAUCAUAAAGGGGCUGGUGUGCCAGUGUACCUGUACGAGUUCCAGCAUCGUCCCAGUAUCUACAAAGACAAAAGACCCAGCUUUGUGAAAGCAGAUCACACAGAUGAGAUUGGCUUUGUCUUCGGAAGUUGUUUCUGGAAUGGACACAUCAAGGUUGCAGGGACCAUAACUGAGGGGGAAAUGAAGCUGUGCAGAGUAAUGAUGUCAUACUGGGCUAAUUUUGCUAGAAACGGGACCCCCAAUGGUGAUGGGUUGGUGCACUGGCCAGUCUAUGGCAAGAAUGAAGAAUACAUGGCCCUCGGUUUGGAGCAGAAGAGUGGGAAGAAGCUCAAGGGAGACAUCAUGAAGUUUUUAACAAACCUCCUUUCUGAACAAAAUAAAAAAAACUCAAGAAGAAAGGGGAGAGCACAGUGACUUGUAGAUUAGUCAGGUGGUUCAAUUUGGGAAAAAAACAUCAUGAUGUUUCAUCUCCUAAAACUGAUUAAUAAUCUUAAAUAUAAACAUAAUAUAGAAAUUGCAAUGGAAUAUAAGAGCAAUGAUUUUUGUGUAGAAGUGCCUGUUAAAUACAAGAGUACACAUUCAGAAAUUGAUCCUUGUUGUUAUCCACAUAGUUCAGCUGAGGUAAAUGAGUCAAUGGUUGUAGACAACAAAAUAAUCUCAUACCCGUCAUGUACUUUCAUUUGCUGUGUAGAUUUCAAAUGUACCGUUUUGAAAGAAACAGAUGUUAUAGUAAACAGUGUAUUUUAAAUCAAAACAUAACUGCAGGGUAAAGAAAUCUGCUGUACGUUGAUUAGUGCCCAAUAAAUGAUCAACUAAUUGAAACAAUGACUGACUGCAGUGAACGAUUGUUUGGUAAACAGACUGUAAAGGCUCUUCUGUUUAGUACCAUAUGCAGUGAUUAUGAGGUUCUAGAUAGCAAAGGUUUAACCUCAGUCCCAAUUGUAGUGAACAUGAUUUAUGACAUUGCAACAGUCAGUACAUUUUUAAUACAAAGUAAUAUUGUCUUCCAAAUUCAGUUUCUUUAUGGGCUGUUUUACUUUGCAAACACCAAUAUCAAAUGUAAGUUUACAUUCAAAUAUGUUUCUUAACUGUAAUAUGUUUUCUUAUAUAUAGAUAAAUGUAUUACUGAUGCAAUCUUUUUAACCAUAGGCUUUUUUUCUCUUGCCGUUUCAAGAAAACGUAUGGGAUCUGUACUUUACUCAAUGAUGUCUCAACUCUGAUUAUUUAGUGACACCUGACCUGGAGAUUUGUUCACCUUGUUCUAUUAGUACCCUGAAAUAAACAGUAGCAUCAUGUUUCA